AUGGUAUACGCUACUGACAUGAAAGCAGAAAUUGCAGCUGAAGCUCUUGGAGUAAUGAGGGAGAAUAUUCCAUGGGACAUAUUCCGUUCGACAUAUCUUUCUGAUUUCGGUGCAAAACCUCAACAGGAGCUAGCUGUCAAUUCCGUGCGGAAGGUUGGCAAAGGUAAUUGGGAAAAGCAACUGUUCUGGGGUCGACUGCGCCAGUUGCUUUCCGACGAGACUCUUUGUGACCUCAAGCUAUUUUAUGGCGGUACGAAGACUCUACCUGAUGCUAACAAGGGUAAGGAGGUGCCUUCUAAACCCGACUUCGUCCUCCACGUUGGUGAAGACUCUCCUACAUGGGCGGAUGUCGAUCUUCUGUUCGAGCAUACACGAAGCCAAGAAGCGGUCACCAAGAAAUUCUCGCAGUGGCUGCGUGGUGCCUGGAGUGUUUUCCACCAUCAACCUUUCCGCCGUCACCUCUAUGGGAUCAUGUUUAUACGACCUCGUGCCUAUGUCUGCUACGCUGAUCACGGCUGCGCCGUGUACUCCGAACCUCUCUAUUUCGCGACGAACAUUCAAUUUCUGGUGGACUUUCUUACAUGGUUCAUAGCAAAUCCGAGGGACAACAUGCGCACUCGCGGCCCGAAAUCACUCAUGCGAAUCAUACGCGAUGCCAUGAUCACAUAUUAUGAGGCUUACAAACUUCCAAAGUUUGGUUUCAUCCACGGCGAUAUCUCCAUUGAGAACAUCUUAGUUCUCAUAGAAGGUUGUGUACUCACCGGUGGCCUUACGUGUGAGGAUCGGUGCGGCACACUAAUUGACUGGAACUUAUGCUUUAACGCUCACGGAGCAUCAUCUAACAGAGCUUUUGAAAGCGGUACUCCUGCCUUCAUGGCGCCAGUUCUCCUAAAUGACAAGCAAAUCCCUCGACGAACCUUGGGCCACGAUAUGGAAUCAUUCUUUGCAGUCAUAAUCUGGAUAGCAACGUUCAAUUUUCUCAAUGAGGCCGCUUUUCGGGCCAAGCCUCUGGCUGUUGUGAUGCUCGACAACAAGAAAACUCCGAUGGAUAUUGUAAAUGCUAAGGGAAAUUGGUUCAAGCGUCGGGAAGACUUUAUGGAGUGGGUAACUGAUUACUUUGAACGCCCAUAUCGCGAAGAUAUGGAGUUUCUCACGUGCGUACUUAAGCUACGCGAAAUCCUGUACCCGAGUGACACGUCUGACUUCAACACAUUCCUGUUUAACAGGCUCAAAGGAAAGGACAACAAAGCGACGAAAGAUGCUGAUCCGAUGAAGGAGACUCUGUUCCGGGAAUGCAUGAAGGAGAUCGAUGAUUACCUACAGGAAACAAAGGGCUGUGAUGAGAUGCGAUGGAUCGAUUCUAACGCACUAGCGCGACACACUCCGGAGAGUCUUAUGCCAGAGGAGAACAGAGUUGACUAA